AUGUCUACAUGGGUCAUCAUGAUUCAGGACGGACGCGUCGACCACGUCGGUCUUUGCCGCGCUUCUUACAAUGAGUUUGGUGCUUGUCGUGCUGCUAUUUUGGUCAUUCUUGCAGAAAGCCUCAAUUCGGGGAGGUCCCAAAGACUUCAAGAUGGCCUACACCGUGGAAUGGGCCUCAUACGACAGAUGGUUGGGGGAAGCUCUUCCCAAUCCGAGAUAUCAUACCUUGAGUCUAUCGAAGCAGCUAUCAGCCAGCUUCUAGCCGUCCCUGAAGAAGACUCCGUUCUUCAGUCCCGAAGCGAUCAAAGUUCUAUCUCUGCCUAUUCAAAGUUCAAAGACUGGACACAGUCACUCAAGAAGGACAAAUCUGCAAGUGGAAAUGUGGAACUGUCUUCCUUCAGUCCGUUGUCGCAUCUUACUCCUGGUACCGAAGCUUUUGCGAAUCCAGAGCUGAAUGAUAUGACGGCUUUCUUUGAUCCCGAUUGGUCAAACGGUGAUUUCGACUUCGAUACGUAUAAUCUUUCAUCUCCGUCAAGAUUAUGUCACAUUGAGAUACGUAAAUAG